AUGAAUGCGCAGCAGGUUUGUGAUGGCGGCGAUCUGCGCGCCCGGGAGAUGUUCCAUUAUUUUCAGCCGGACAAUCCAGCCCUGAUGCCGACCGGGCAGCACCCGACUCGAUCAUGCGAAUCUCCCACUACUCAAAAAUCAAGUCCAAAUUUGGUGUUGACGGCUCUAGCGCAGUUGGCUGCCAUAAAACUGGGGGUUCAGCGCACGGUCAUCAGUCUAAUCGAUCGGGAAACCCUUUAUGUGGUAGCAGAAGCGUCACGAUCCCUGAAUCUGGCAAACAAUGACCAAUAUGACAGUGUUGGUGAUGGUCUCUGGGUGGGUUGUUCGCGUGGGCCCGUUGCGGGAACUUUGUGCGAGGAAACCAUUUCGUUAAAUCCCUUGGAAGGGAAGCACGCGUUCUUCAUCGUAGAGGAUCUGAAGCAGCAUCCGACUUAUUGCAAUUUGCCCUGCGUCGCCAAAGAUCCGCAUUUCCGGUAUUACGCCGGCACGCCACUGAAAACCGGAAACGGUAUCAAUAUUGGGAGUUUGUACGUGAUUGAUCCUCGACCGGAUCACAAUUUAAGUGAUCUUCACAAAGAAAUACUUGGAAAUAUCGCGGAUGCGGUGAUGGAAUAUCUGGAGACUUCCCGUCAGUCGUUAGAGGCAAAUCGCUUGACGAAGCUAUUGGCUGGAUUGAAUACCUUUGUGCAAGGUUCGGCUGGAUCCGAAACAUCGUGCGACUCAACAAUGCACAGAAUCAGCCCACCCAACUCUCUCAAAUCAUAUAAUUCACCGCUACCUUCGUCAACUCGACCGGAUGAUGAAAAUGUUGCUGAUGGCGGGACUACUACAACACACAAUUCUUUACCACGAUCGAAGACAGGAAUGCGCUCAGAUAACAGCGAUAACAGGGCACAGCGGUCAUUUCAGCGUGCUGCCAACGUGAUGCGAGAAAGUCUGAAUCUGGGCUCAAACGGUGGUGUGGUUAUCGUCGGCACCGGGGAAGACAUCGACCAAGAAUCUUCCGAUGUUUCAGACGGGGAAAAGGAGAAGAAAGUGGCCAAAUUAUGGGCGGUGUCGGACACCAAUCAUCAGCCCAUCAAAACCCGGAAAGAAUUUGAUUCGUACCCAGCAUCAGAAAUGGAAUCAAGUUUUCUACGCCGAAUGAUACGACAUCACCCGCGAGGUGGGCUAUGGUACCUGCAUUACGAUGGGGUAGCGUUUUCAUCAGAUGAAGAUGGAUCAGGUUCGGGGAGCAUGAAAGAUAUUCAGACUGACUGUCAACCACCAUUAUCAGUGCAUCCUGAGUCGCUCAGAUCGUUGCGUGAGAAGGAUCUGCAGUCGAUGAAGAGGAAUUUUCCCAGCGCGACGCGAGUUAUUUUCUCUCCCCUCUGGGACUCUCUCAAUUCACGAUGGUUCGGUGGUGUUUUUUGUUGGAGUCGAGCUGAAACUCGAGUUUUCAGUCCACAUGUCGAUCUGGGCGGACUCUUUGGGUUUGGCUCAUCUCUAAUGGUCGAGCAUAGUCGUAUUCGGAGCGAAGAGUCGGCCAAGCAAAAGGGUGAUUUCAUUAGUACUAUAUCACAUGAAUUACGAAGCCCACUGCACGGAAUCUUGGCAUCCACCGAGUUACUCUUUGAGCAUGCACAUUCCGAAUUUGCUAAACGGCUUCUUGACACCAUCCGUGCCUGUGGUCAAACCCUCCUCGAAACAUUUGACCAGAUCUUGGAUUUUACCAAAAUUAAUACAUUUGAGAGGGAGCCAACGAAAUCCAGCUCGCCCCAUCGACGCCACCCACGUGAAAGAUCCCAUUCAUUAAAUCUCGUUAAGCUGGUUGAUGUCCUUGCAGUCAUUGAAGAAGCCGUUGAAAGCGUCUGCUCUGGACAGGCCCUAUCGAGUAUUAUGAAUGGAGGCAGUGCCUCGAAUCAACUUUGGCAAUUGGAUCCCAAAGAUUAUGCCUCGAAAGAAUCGAAAACCACAGAUGACGAACAAGUGGAUGUGUUUCUCGAUGCUGCGCCCCAGAAUUGGCUCUAUGUAUUGGAGCCAGGUGCUCUGAGGCGUGUGGUCAUGAAUGUGUUUGGAAACUCGUUGAAGUACACGGAGUCCGGGUCUGUUUCCCUUCAUAUUCAGACUCAGAUGUCAAAGAACGACCGCCCAGUCCUUCUGAUGACAUUUUCCGACACGGGCCGGGGCAUUUCAAAUGACUACCUUCGUUCCAACGUUUUUACCCCGUUUUCACAAGAGAACCCAAUGUCACCAGGUGCAGGGCUUGGUCUCUCACUAGUUCGAGGCAUACUUCAUUCGCUGGGUGGAAAGAUUGAUAUCAAAAGUCAACUGGGCGUGGGUACUGUGGUGAAGAUAAUAUUCCCUCUUACAGACCCUCAACAGCACCGGCUUCGUGAAGCCCCAUCUUCUGUUCAGGGCUUGUCAUCACCUUCUUUGACAACUAUCGACCAUGUUGCCACAAAGCUAGAAGGGAGCAGGGCUUUCUUCUAUCCCACCGAAAAUUUCCAUUCCAGCAAGUCCUCAUCUUAUAUGAUCAAAAAAUAUCUAAUCAACUGGUUCCGCAUGGAAAGUGGAGAACAAGGCGUUCCUAAUACAGGCGAUUUGGUGGUUCUCGAGGAGCGUCAUUUGGAUCAACUCCCGAGUGCAUAUCGUCAAUGCCGACUUUUGAUCCUGUACCAUAGAAAUCCUAACCUAUUGUCAACGGUGAACUCGAUGAAAGAACAACCGAAAAACUCAACAUGGUUGAUUCUUCCGUGUGGGCCUCACCAACUAGCCAGGACAUUGUUAGGCUCCCUUCAGAACUUACAGUCAAGCAGUACCCAUAUAUCCGAUAGCACAGUGCAGCAUGACCAGAGUGACAAAAAUUUGGGCUCAAACCCAACUGAUCCACGGGGUACAGCAGCUCUCCUUUCACAGCAUGAAGCACGGCUUCAAUCAAUCAGCCCCUCUCCAUUGGUCACGUCUAUCCCAAAUAAUGAAAUCACGGCGCCCGCUAUUAUGGAAGUUGGAUUGCCAAUCCACACAAGGAGAGAUAUCCAGGAAACGCAUGAUCCCUCGCUGACUGAAGCAAAUGAUGCUCCUCGAGUCCUCUUGGUAGAGGACAACGCUAUAAAUCUCGCGCUCCUCAAAAGAUUUGUUUCCAAAACACGGACGCAAGUACUGCACAGUGCUGUGAAUGGUGCAGAAGCCGUUGAACUGGUUCAGAAAAUGCCUCUAGGCUUCUCGAGUAUUUCCCUACAAGUCCUGACAAGCCUACGCGCCACAGAUAUGUCAAUGCCUGUUAUGGAUGGGUUUGAGGCAAGCAAAGAGAUUCGGUCAAUAGAAUCAAAACGACAGACUGUAUCUCCUGCACGUAUAAUUGCCCUCACUGGCCUAGGAUCAGAUGAACAUAUCUCGAAAGCUUAUGCGGCGGGUGUCAAUGUCUUUCUCCGAAAGCCGGCUUCUCUCAAAGAUAUAAUGACCCUGCUAGGAAAGUGA